AUGGACAAGAAAAAUGCCAUUCGGAGAGGCAAGAGGCCAUCCAAAGUUCUCGAAGAAAAUUAUUGGGAUUGCAGCGUUUGUACAUACAGAAAUAACGCUGAAGCUUUUAAAUGCUCAAUGUGCGACGUUAGAAAAGGAACAUCAACUCGCAAACCUCGCAUCAACCCCGCGCUUGUCGCUGCCCAAGCGGCCGGCACUGCUCCCACUAGUUCUCAGAAACGACCGAGGUCAGCCAACUCGUUCAAAAAGAAACAACGUCCGCCUCGACUCGACAACGUCGAUAGGAGCUCGGCGCAGACUAGAGAGGUAACUGUUAGCGGCGUGACCGUCGUCAUAACCGAGUACAAGCCGAAGAAGUCAGUUUCAAGCAGUUCCAGCGAUGUCGAAUCAUCGAACGAUGCUCGACCCUAA